GUGCGUUAGGCUUUUAAGUUUCCAGUGUACGUGUAUAAUUCGUUUGAAACAAAAAUAUAUAUACAUACAUGUAACGUAUGAAUUGAGUGUAGACGCAAGAGAGCUGCGUCCAGUUCCGGCAAAUUUGAAGCUUAUAAAUGUGUCAGGAUUUCUCAUAUACGAUAUUAAUUCGAUUUCAAUGCGACAGUCAAGGGAUCAAAUUGUAGUCGCUGAAAGUUUCGAAUUGACAUGUUCAAGAGUCCGUUCAAUUUUAUUCGCAUAAAUUACACUUCUUUUCGGUCGCCAUGGAAUUAUAAAUUAUUGAUCUAACGAAGAUCGCGUACACGUUGGUUCCCGGCACGCCAGGCAGCAAUUCGAAUUCGUCGUGUAAUGAUCUUUCGAAUGUAGUCGACGAAAAUGUUGAAAGCCAAGAGGAAGAAACGCAAGGGCGGUAAGAAAAAGGCGAAAAAGAAAUGUAUGGAUGAAAGGGAGACUGUAUCCUACGAACAAGAGAUUUUGGACAACAACAGGCAAUUGGCGCGGCUGAGAACUCGAAACGAAGAAUUAGAGUUAGAAGCGAAGCAAGUGAAAGACAAGUUUCGACAACUAGAAGAGGAUCGGUCAGAUGUGAUCGCUCAUUUGAAAAGGAACUUGGAGGAGAGGAUAGAGGAAUCAAAGGAACUCGCUGAAAGACUUUCAGCCUUGGAAGAGUUGCGAAAGGAAGAACUGGCCGCGUACAAGAGAAAAGAAGAAUCAAUGGAACUCGAAUACCGCACAAUGGAGAAUAACUUGAACGCUGAAGUUAAAUUAAUAACCGGUAAACUAAAUGCUCUGGAAGAUUGGCGAAUAGCGCGGCAAGAUCUAAUGCAGAAGUUCGAGGUUCAAGAGAAAGAAAUUAUAGACCAAGAGAAGAGGCACCAGAACGAGCUUUAUGAAGCGGAGAAAUCACUGGUCAUUGGAAAAGCAAUGAUGAAGAAAGAAAUGGAGGAACAUCUGAAGACAUUAGCUGUAUCUCUUCGCAAAGCAACUAAUUUACGAGUAGCAGAGGCCACGAAUCGCGCGAUCAGGGAAAACGUGGCACUGAAUUUAGAACUUGAUGAUCUAGUGAAAACUUGCAAAGAACUUGAGAUCACCAGCAGGGACAGCAAAGAAAAGGAGCGUACACUGAAAUUGCAGUGUGAAUUGUUCGAAACGGAAUCAAAAGUAACUUUAAAUAUGGCGAUUAAACAAAGAGACGCUAUUCACAAAUUGUCAAAUGACUUUCAAUCAAUGUUAUGGUAUUAUGGGAAAGCUGAGAGAGACAAUGCUAGAAUUGCUGUGUAUGAAUCAACUAUUGAGAAUUACAAAAAAAAUAGUGAAAUGAUGGAACAGAAAAUUGAUUUUCUGAAAAAAUGUAUAUCGAAAGCGAGGAUCGAUAGAGAACAAUUAUUGUCGCAAGUUUGUGAAAAAGAUGAAAAAUUGAAGAUGCUUAAAGAUCUUUUGCACCGCGUAAGAAGUUGCAUUUUGAAGGCUUUAGAGCUCAAAGGAGACAUUUCAAGUAAAGAUUAUUGUGCCUCCCAACUAAAACAGCAGUUUCUUCAGUGCCUGUGGGAAAUACUGGAAAGCAAUAACAUGAUCAACAUUGUAGAGUAUUCUGCGUCACAGAUUGAAAAUAUCACGUGUCAUUACUCGGAAGGUGAUCUGGGCCUUAUCGAACCACUGAAAACUUGCAAAUGUGAAAACGAAGAGAGAGGAGAUACGGUUAAAUGCAGUGUAAAACCGCAGUCUAUGGAUUGUUUAGUGGAGAAGCGACUAUCUUCUUCAGAUAGUGAUAUCAGUUCCAGUAUUCAAUCGCCGAAAGAAUCAAUAUCCUAAUUGAAAUUAUAAUUUCUAAUUAUUCUUG